AUGGCCUUUCAGAACUUUCUGUUGCUUUCUUUGGUUGCUGCAUGUACAUCUGCCGUGGCAUAUGGCAACCUAUCUGUGAAUUAUUACUCGUCUACGUGCCCAAAAGCUUUAUCUAUCAUUCAUGCAGGAGUAGCAGCAGCAAUAAAAAAGGAACCUCGCAUGGGGGCAUCAUUGCUCAGAUUGCAUUUUCAUGACUGCUUUGUUAAUGGCUGCGACGGAUCGAUCCUGUUAGAUGAUAAUGCCACCUUCAUAGGAGAGAAAACUGCUGUUGUUAACAAUAACUCCAUCAGAGGAUUCAGUGUCAUUGAUCACAUCAAAGCUAAGGUAGAAAAAGCUUGUCCUGGUGUUGUGUCUUGCGCUGAUAUCGUCGCCCUGGCGGCUCGAGACUCGGUUGUUUAUUUUGGGGGUCCUUCUUGGAAGGUUAGGUUGGGAAGAAGAGAUUCUCUCACAGCAAGCAGGGCACUUGCAAAUAGUUCUAUACCUCCAGCUACUUUUAAUCUAAGUGCCCUCAUAACAAGCUUCUCUGCACAGGGGCUCUCUUUAAGGAACUUGGUGGCUCUUUCAGGUUCCCACACCAUAGGCCUGGCCAGAUGCGCAACCUUUCGAGGGCAUAUCUACAAUGAUUCGAAUAUUGAUCCCUCCUUUGCCAAGUCAUUGCGGCGGAUUUGCCCAAGAAGUGGGAGAGACAAUGUUCUUGCACCCCUUGAUCGGCAUACUCCAGCUUGUUUUGAUAAUCUGUACUACAAGCACCUGUUGCAAGGGAAGGGUCUUCUUCAUUCAGAUCAAGAACUCUUCAAUGGCAGUUCUGCAGAUUUCCUUGUUAGAAGAUAUGCAAGUAAUCCUCAUGAUUUUUUCAAAGACUUUGCUAAAGCUAUGGUUAAGAUGAGCAACAUUAAGCCCCUCACAGGAAAACAGGGUGAAGUAAGAAAAAAUUGCAGAAAAGUUAAUUGAAAUUCAAUUGGCUGGCAAUUGGAUGUAUUACAGCCUUUUCUCUUCCAUGUAUGAAUGUGGGAAUCAAAAUUUACUAGUGCAUUAGUGUGUUUGGAAGAAAUUAUUAUCCAUAACUGUAUAAUGUCUAUCAUCUAAAGAGAGGAAAGCAUACUCUCUUUGCUACUCAAAAGAAAUAAUAUUUC